AUUCACAAUCACAAAGCCACAAGCUACAAGCGCCUCGACGAAUAUUUUGUAACCCUUCUUAAAAGUACUAAUUUCCCGAGGAAUUCCUGUUCAAUGAUUUAGUUAAUUUUAUUGCGCAUUCAUCAAGCUGGUGCAGAUAUCAAAUUCACCGCAGGACUGAUUUACAACUGUUUACAAAGCGAGUCCCGGUUGGAAAUAAGAUUUUAAUGAAGGAUGGCUUCUCGCGGGAAAUCAGAAACUGGAAAAUUGAGGCAAAACAUGGAAGAGCAACUUGACAGACUGAUGCAGCAGCUUCAGGAUCUGGAGGAAUGCAGAGAAGAGCUGGAUGAGGAAGAGUAUGAGGAGACAAAGAAGGAAACCUUGGAGCAGCUGAGUGAAUUCAACGACUCCCUGAAGAAGAUCAUGACAGGAGACAUGACACUUGUGGAUGAACUCAGUGGAAUGCAGCUGGCAAUCCAGGCUGCCAUCAGCCAAGCUUUCAAAACCCCAGAGGUCAUCCGACUCUUUGCCAAGAAGCAGCCAGGCCAGCUGAGAACCAGACUAGCAGAGAUGGACCGAGAUGUCAUGGUGGGGAAACUGUCGCGGGAUGUGUACACGCAGCAGAAACUGGAAAUCCUCAUGGCCUUGAGAAAACUUGGAGAGAAGCUCACUCCAGAGGAUGAGACUUUUCUUGUUGAAAAUGCCACAGCUACUCUGAGCCAGUUUGAAAAAGUGACGGCAAACUUAGGCUCAGAAGACAAAAUUCUGGCUUUAGCUAGCUCUGGUGUGAAACCUAAGACAUAAUAAUUCUACAAAAUGUUAAUUUUAACUCUGUGUCUUACCAAGAGAGAAAUGUGCCAAUUGAUUUUGUAAAUAACGAGUGCACUUCUAGGCGUUGCUAUAGAUGCUAACACUUUUUAACAGUAUUGUUUUAUAACCCUCAACUUUUGUAAAUGUCUUUUAUGUGUCCAGAUGUGUGUAAAGUUGUAUUAUAGGUACGAGCAUGUGAUUUGUUGAAUAUGAAUACGUGUACCUGAAUGUAAAUGAUCGUCCAGGCAGUUCAAGAGAAAUACUCUGAUGUGAUUUGUGCUGUAUUUCUUGUUGGGUUGCAGCUGUCCUAAAACUGAAAAUUCAACAGUGUUGUUGUUUUUAAGAUUGUUGAUUUCCUGUAUGAGUGCUGCAAAUAUUCAAGAUAUCAUUUUAUUUGAAUCAAAGUGUGUUUACAGAGGUGUGGAGAUUUGGAAGUGACUAAAAUACACUACAAAGACAGAA